AUGGCCGCUUCUCCUUCUGUUACAACAUGGCCUGCCACGGCCUCCGCUCUGCGGGAGCUGCUCGACAUGGAUGCCUGCCACAGCAUGAAAUGCCAUGGCAAGACCCAGAAGAAGGACAAUCCGCGGUGCACCAACAAUAUCAACAAGAACGACUGUAAUAAAGCGGCCGAGCUGCUCGACCAGAUUGUCGAGCUUGGCAGUUUCAAGGCUGCUCAAUCAAUCCUCUCUGAGCUCGCAUAUCUAAUCAUGUGCAAGAACAAGAGGGUGGGCCAUGGGGACAAGUUUGGUCCCAUCCAGAUCUCAGACUGGAGAGUCAAGCUUGAGUCAAUUCCGAUUCCUUCAGUCGAGGACGAGGAACAAGAGGAUACCUCAUCAGAGGAUGAAGCUGAGGAUUACUCGCCAACACCUCCCUCAUCAGCCUGGCAUUCAGAUGCCGAGACUGACGAGGAGACUUCCACACAAGAGGACACCCCAGACUUGGCCUCCCAAACACCUCCAUCCACAGCAAACUCCCCCAAGACCACCAAACAAGCCAAGAACGUUCACAAGUUUGAACGCUACAGCAUUGUUCGAUCAACAACAUUCAUCAAUAAGAAGAUCAGAAAGCUCUUGCUCCGCCCACUUCUGAAAACCGAGACUUAUGUUGAUGGAUACAUCUACACCUACACCUUUCCCGAAAGCUACCACGACGCGGCGCCCUACCUCAAGAUAGGCUUCGCAAGAGACGUACAGGCGCGGAUGGCUUGCUGGGAGGCCCAGUGCGGGUACCGUCCCAAGGUCCUCGUCCAGCAGAGCGCCGACCACUACGCCAAGAUUGAGAGGCUCGUCCACGCACAGCUGAUCAACCAGCGCAAGGUCGAGGCGACGGGCUGCCCGGAGUGUGGCAUCCGUCACAACGAGUGGUUCAGCGCCAGCUCGCUUGACGCAUCUAGGGCUGUGAGCCUGUGGGCAUCCUGGAUGAGGCAGAUGCCCUAUGAUGAAGAGAGGCAGCUGAAGGGCAAGUGGAAGGCUCGCAUCGAGGGUCUUGACAUGAGUGAUGCUGCCUGUUGGGAAGAGUUGGUGAAUGCCAUCUACGUUGACGACGAGGAUGAUCUCUCUGAAGAGGAUGAGUUCCAGUGGUCUACUGACGACGAGUCUCACCACUCUGCAGAGGAGUACGAGAUUUAUGACAGUGAGGACGAAUAUGAUGACAAGAGCGGGUCGGAUGAUGAAGAGGAAUGA